UGAGAUGGUGUAGGCAGGGGGAAGCAGGAUGACCUGGGACGCGCAGUUCUGCUAAAACCUGUCAAGGUCCGUAGAGUGCCUUUUCCUUUCCAAUGAAUCAAAUUACCAACUGGGCGGCUAGUUUGGUUAGCUAAUCAUUAAUGUGGGACCUGUGAAUGAUGGAGUUUGCAACCCUUUGUCUUGGUAAUUAAUUUUUUCUCUGUGUGUGUUAUAAUACUCUUCCUCCUUGUGAGAGUAUUUAACAGGGGCAAGCGCACUGAAACCUGGCCCAGUUUGUCCUGGAGGUGGGUUGCUCAGCCUUCACCCAGAGGCCCAUUGUUGCCUUGGCUUGGAAGAAACCACUUCUGCCAGCACACUUGUCGUGGCCACUGAAUUUGGAGACUGGCUCACAGCUGGUGUGAUUGGUGGGCAGCCCUUUGCAGUUCUGGGGGUUAGGCAGCAGCUGCCCAGGGGCUUCUGGUGCCUUCAGAGCAAAUUUUCUAGACAACAUGCCCUUACGAAGUUCUGCCAAGUUGAGCAUGGAGACCAGAAGAGAAGAUGGUGAGAGCACGGCACCCGCCCCUCUGCCAAAGAAGCUGUCCUGUCAGUGCCACCACCACUGUCCUGAGGACUCAGUCAACAGCACCUGCAGUACUGAUGGCUACUGCUUUACCAUAAUAGAAGAAGAUGAGUCCGGUGGACAUUUAGUCACUAAGGGAUGUCUUGGAUUAGAGGGCUCUGACUUCCAGUGUCGGGACACUCCUAUUCCACACCAAAGAAGAUCUAUUGAAUGUUGCACAGGCCAAGAUUUCUGUAACAAACACCUUCACCCUACACUGCCACCACUGAAAACUCGAGACUUUGCUGAAGGAAACAUUCACCAUAAGGCCCUGCUGAUCUCGGUGACUGUUUGCAGUAUUCUUCUGGUGCUUAUCAUCAUAUUCUGCUACUUCAGAUACAAGCGCCAAGAGACGAGGCCCCACUACAGCAUUGGGUUGGAGCAGGAUGAAACCUACAUUCCCCCUGGAGAGUCCCUGAAGGAUUUGAUUGAGCAGUCCCAGAGCUCAGGGAGCGGCUCCGGACUCCCUCUCCUGGUUCAAAGGACAAUUGCAAAACAGAUUCAGAUGGUAAAGCAGAUUGGAAAAGGUCGCUAUGGUGAAGUCUGGAUGGGAAAGUGGCGUGGCGAAAAGGUAGCCGUGAAAGUUUUUUUUACCACCGAGGAGGCCAGCUGGUUCAGAGAAACAGAAAUCUACCAGACUGUCCUGAUGAGGCAUGAAAAUAUUCUUGGAUUCAUUGCUGCAGACAUUAAAGGUACAGGAUCUUGGACCCAGCUGUAUCUCAUCACUGACUACCAUGAGAACGGCUCACUUUAUGAUUAUCUAAAAUCUACUACCUUGGACACAAAAGCUAUGCUAAAACUGGCUUACUCCUCGGUUAGUGGCUUGUGCCACCUUCACACUGAGAUCUUCAGUACUCAAGGCAAACCUGCUAUUGCUCACCGUGACCUAAAAAGUAAGAAUAUCCUGGUGAAAAAGAACGGCACCUGCUGUAUAGCAGAUUUGGGCCUGGCUGUUAAGUUUAUCAGUGAUACAAACGAGGUGGACAUACCUCCCAACACCCGUGUAGGAACAAAACGCUAUAUGCCUCCUGAGGUGCUGGAUGAAAGCUUGAACAGAAACCAUUUUCAGUCGUACAUCAUGGCUGAUAUGUACAGUUUUGGACUCAUCCUUUGGGAAAUAGCAAGGAGAUGUGUUUCAGGAGGAAUAGUUGAGGAAUACCAGCUUCCGUACCAUGACCUUGUGCCCACCGACCCCUCGUAUGAGGACAUGCGGGAAAUUGUGUGUAUCAAGAGACUGCGCCCUUCGUUUCCCAACAGAUGGAGCAGUGAUGAGUGCCUACGGCAGAUGGGGAAGCUGAUGAUGGAGUGCUGGGCUCACAAUCCUGCCUCCCGACUGACAGCCCUGCGAGUCAAGAAGACACUUGCCAAAAUGUCAGAGUCGCAGGACAUUAAACUCUGACUUGGCCAGAGGCUGCUCUCAUGAAGGCCCAUGGAAAAGGACUUUCUCAUGCAGGCAGAAGAACAAUCAAAAGUCCUCAGUAAUAAGUACCAUCAAUACAGUCAUGCUUAAGAUCAGCUGUAAGUUUGUUUAACAGCUUUUAGAGAGACUGUCCUUUGCAAAAAAAACUCAGCUGAAUUUUGACAUAGAAGAUCAGAAGAGGCUUGUCUGCCCUUGUUUACAUGGGGAAAUACAGUUUUAGUAACUGGUUUAAGAUUAUGCAUGUUGCUUUCUGUGAAAGCCACUUAUUAUUUUAUUAUUAUUAUUGUUAUUAUUUUGAUUGUUUAAAAAAGAUACUGCUUUAAAUUUUAUGAAAAUAAAACUUUUGGUUAGAAGUAAAAAAAAAAAGUAUAUUAUUACAUUACAAAAAAAAAAGGAAGAAACUGCUGAAAAUGAAAGCAAAGCAACUUUUUCAUUUCUAAAGAGACUAUUGCACUCCAGCUUUUAACAAAACAGGCAGAUGCGCCUGUGCAGCUCAGAGGAGCUGUAAUGGGAAUUGUCUUAGAAGUCACGUACAUGCAGAGCUGACUUUCCAUAGCCUUUCUUGUGUGAGUGGUUCUCACAGUGUAGACAUGAAGCCCGAUUGCAUUCCUGCCAUGGUUAGAGCACAAGCAGCCAGGUUCGUAUGGGUGGCUUGUCCCAGGGGAGAUGAUACUUCAUUUGAGAUAAUCUGGAGCUGUAUGAGUAUGUUUUGGUGUGACUUGUUUGAAGAAGCUCUUCAUGUUUCCAGGCAAUCUGGUACUAGGAUGAUAAGCAAGUGCCCCUUUUCUUGGCUUUCUUUUUUCUAUCUUUCCUUCCACUGCAAAAUAAAAUGCUUUGUGUGUGAGUGGAAAUGAAGUACACAUUUGGAUCUGCUGGUGAAUUUGAAGCUGCUGUCACGUACAUACACAACUACUGGGUGAGAGGAAGUUCCUUGUGAGAAAAAAUUACUAACUUGCUCUUUUGACUGCGUGAAGUAAGGUAUCCAUCUAUCACCAUAGCUGGAAAGA